AUGGCAAAAAGGGCAAAAAGGAGGCAAAAAAGGUGGGAAGGGAAAGAAAGGAGCCAAAAAAGAGAAAAAGUGGUCAAUCGAGACGAAGAACUCCAAAAUGCCAUUACAAAUGCCCUUCUUUGCAAGCAAAAUCUUUCGCUCUGCACGCGCCAGCGCGAUGAUUACCGAGAAACUUGUCAAAAACUAGCCGCAGAGAACGAAAAGAUCUCCAACUCGCUGUAUCAGGCCGAAAGGGACACGAUUGAUAUCAUUUCGCUGCUGAAGCGCGAGGAUAUCGCCAAGUUCAAAAAUAUUCGAGAACUGAAUAAACGAAUUUCCGAACUCGAGCAAAUCACAGAAAAGGAGCGUGAAAAGAUCGAGUCGACAUACAAUGCGAAAACCAAAACGUGGGAAGACCAACUUGCCGAAAAGGAGAAGCAAGUCGAGCUGCUCCAACGCGAAUUGCAUGCAGUCAAAGAGUUCCGCAAGCAAAAGGCGCAGCUGAUGGAGGAAAUCAAAGACAUGCGCAACGAGCUCGAGGAGCAGCGAACUCUCAACACGAAAAAUAAGCAAAAAAUGGAGCAUAAAUUCUUUGUCGAAAAAAUGAAAAUGGAAAAUGAGGCUAGUCAAAAAAUUGCACAGUACGCUGAACUUGCUCAAAAAGAAGCCAUUGCGGGCCUCGAUGAAACCACUAGAAAAGUUUUCCGCGACAAUGUUUCAAUGUCCGAGGUGAUGAACUACCACAUCGACGAGAACAAGGCACUGCGCGAGCGGAACAAGAAACUCGAGCGAAAAAUCAAGACGAUCAACCAAGAGCUUGAAAUUAGUGAUCUAACAGCGCGCGAGAAAGUGGCCGAAUACCAGAAAGCCAAGGACCACAUUCGCAAUCUGAUGCACGAGAUCAAGACACUUAACAAUCAGCUGAAGGAGCAGCAGCGCGAGAAUAAGAAUGAGCGCGCGCUCGUGCUCCACAAAUCUGUCCAACAAUCAGCUUCAGAUCAGGCCGAUAUUGCGAGAUUAAGUCUUCAGCUACAGCGAAAAGAGCUAGAAUAUAGAAGAGUUAAAACGCUCGCUAAGAAAGUUGUGGACGAGCGAGCAGAAAUGGAGCGGUUUUUCAUCGAGGCCCUGGACGAAGUGGCGGAAAGGAUCAAAGACUCAAGACAGAAUUAUGUCAAAUCGACAAAGACUCAGUAUCACGCACAAAUGGCUGCAGCAGCUACGGGCAGGGGAGCAGCGCCGCCGGUGAAAACUUUCUCGAAGGGCGGUUACAACUCGACAAAUACAGUUCAAAAAGACAUUGCCUAUGCUUCGGACUGGAACAACGUGCCUCCAAACACAGACAUUUCUGAUCUGACGUGGGAGCAGAAGGAGCGAGUAAUUCGUCUUCUCUUUGCAAAAAUGAACGGAGUCGACAAUGAGCAAAUCAAGUUGUCCAAGCCGCCUUUGCCUCCUCUCCACUCUCACAGAAAGUUGAAGAACGCUUUUAUUACGAUGAAGGGUGAAACAUCGCAAGUCGAACUCAACUCGAACAGCUUCGAUAAGAACGCGCCGAGUUCGCUGUGCAAAGCGGUCCUGGAAGGAAACGAAGUCGCUGCCAAGUCUAUUUUGCAAAACUCUGUUGCUGCAGUUUUAUCCGUCGCUGCAACUGGCGAUGCAACUGAUGACGCUAUUGAGGUAUUUGACGUCUUCCAAGCGGCUCUUGAUUGCCCGGCCAAUCUGCUUGAUGCGGAUAUCAUCGAGUGUCUCUCUGCGAAGGUUUUCGGUAGAACCGAAACUGAUGUUACCCUUCGUUGCUGCGCGGGAAAUUUCCUGAUUCAAGCAGUCUUCAACAAAUCUGAUGUGAUCGAGGAGUUAAAUAUCACCAAGGAUCUUAUGCAUAUUUGCUUCUCUAUUCUAACAGAAGCGGACGAAACUGACGAAGAAGAAGAAGAGUCUCCUCGAUCUCUUUCACUUCGCCUGCUGGAUACGAUUUCGAACAAGCUUCCGGAUACGGAAGUUUCCAGCGUUGUGAUGGACUUUGCCACCAGUGCAUCGGAAGGCGAAGCUAGUCAGAAACUUGCAGCUCUUUCUGCUCUUGCUCAUGUCUGUGAAGGAUGCGCUGGUGCUCUUGGGGAUCACACCGAAUUCAUAUCAAAGUUCGCUUGCGAUGCCCUUCGAACCGACUCUCCAACCCUUCAGAAAGCAGCUUUUUACGCUCUGGGCCAAUUUGCCGAGCAAAUGCAUGAGCAGAUGGCUGAUUUCGCCCCGGGAGUUCUUGAAUUGGCAAUCGGAAUGAUGGAAAAAUCUCCAGAGGAUCUCGUGAAGCACAACCAACUGGAGAAGGCGUUUUACUGCAUUGGCUUUCUCUCCACAGUGGAAGACGAAAGAGUCGAAGAUGAAAUCGAGAAGCUUCUUCCAUCUCUUAUGAGCUCGUUGAAACGGUUCAUCCAAAUGGGCAACUCUCAGGAAUGCCAAGCCGCUACUCAUGCUGUCAUGUGUCUUGCAACUUUCAUCGCGGAAAUGCCUGACGACGUUAUCGCGCCACAUCUCGAAGAUUCCGUCCAGAUGCUCGAAUUGCUCUUGCCCGAGACUGCUGCUGGUGUUUCCAAAGACGCCGAUGAGAAUGCUCUGCAGGCUUCUGCUUUGGACACGAUGGCUACUGUCGCUACAGCAGCACAAGAAGCUUUUGUGCCAUUCGCCGCGAAGUCGCUUUCUCUAACCAGAGAACUUGUUUUUCAUGAAAAUGAGUCUGAGAUGCGACGUGCGGCUCUGAAACUGGCUUGCGCGACUGUGUGCCUAAAGAACUCCCCUCGUGACCUUCUUGAUGCUGUCCCUCGCAUUCUCGAGUGCCUAGCUACAACCCUCACAUCCACCUCUCUAUACUUCAAGGGGCGACAUGUUGACAUGGCGGGCGUCGAUGAAGACAACGAGGACACCUGCGCCCAUGCCGAUGAAGAGAUCGCAGCAUUCAUCAUGGAAAACGACUUGAACUUCUUUUUCCUUGAAGAAAAGUUGUUUGUUAUCCACGCUCUCACCCUUAUGGCCAAGAAAAUUGCGGAUCAUCUCGCCGCCGCCAGCACCGAUCUCUUCGAGAAAUGCAAGAACGUCACCGCUUCUUACACCGGCGAUAUAAGUAAAUUCGCAUGCGCCGCCAUGAUCCACAUGGGCCAUGUCAUCCAGAAAACGUCUGGAAACGAAACGCCUCUAUUUGAUGCUGUUUCCAUCGGUAUUAAGAAAAUUGGAACUGACGCUAAGCACGAUUGCGCCCUUCAAAUUUUGAAUGAAAUUCACGAGGUCCUCGAUGCUUUCAAGAAACCAAUUCAUACGAAAGGAAUCUUGGAAACUGUUCGAAUGGCAUUGAAGGGAGAGCUGGCUUGCAUGAUUGAAGAGGAGAAGAAUGAAGAUGAAGAAGAUGAUAAUGACGCCAAGCUUGAUGGCCAGUUCUUCGACGGAAAGUUCUUCAACGCCGAGGAAAUCGAGCAAGAUAUACUUGAUGGCAGUGGUGUUCUCCUCCUUGCAGCUGCAGGAGUUGACCCGCAGGUCAUGAUCGAUAACGGUUUAGCCGACAUUUUGCCCGCUGCAAUUGAAUAUUUGCAAAAACCCGACGCCUGCUCAAAAGCCUCAGUAAUCCGCAUCAUUGGGGACUUGUUCCAGAAACUAGGAGCAAAAUCUGCCGAAGGCUUCGUCAAGGAGCUGCUGCCAAUUUUCAUGGGAUUCGUCAAAUCCGAAGACGAAAACAUCCAAAGUAGCAUCUUCACCGCGAUCGGAAGACUUCUUGCUUCCUCUGGAGAAACUGGCGUUUCUUUGACUCCUGACUUCAAAAAGAGCUUGUCUGAAGAAGAAUGGAAUAAGAUCGAGAAUGCGACCUCCUAA